GCUUGAAUCAUUCGAUCACCCCUCUUCAUAUGGCACGACAAUGAGAGCUAUGCGAAGGUCUCUAACAGGCCGUCCUAUAUGCCAACCACAACACCUAUUCUCCAAUCGAACCACCCUCCCUAUAUCAUGCUCCGCACGCCGUCCCUACACAAGACCCGCAUUCGCACCGAAGCCACAGAUCGACAUUAAGCAUAUCCGACAGAACCCAGGACUAUACGAACAGAACUGCAUAGAUCGCAAUUAUGCUGCACAUAGCAAAUCUUCAUGGCGGAUUAUCGAGCUUCACGAGCAAUGGCUUGCGCUCCAGCAGAGCAGCCGUCAACUUCGGGAACGCAACAACCGUUACAGGGCGCACCUAUCCAGAACUGCUUCGCUCAUGAAGGACGAUACGGAAGGGAAAAAAGCUGUCCCAGUUAGGGAGGGAAUGAUCAGCGAUGCGAAAGCAUUGAAGAUAGAAUUGAGCGCUAUCGACGCCCAGGAAACACAACUGCAGGAGGAGAUAGAAGGGCUGGCGCAGGACCUACCAAACUUGAGUAGCACGUUUACUCCAGUUGGCACUGAGCCAGAGGUAGUCGGCUCCAUCAACGAGCACCUUGCGGACACUAAAGUUGCCCAAGGGCGGUAUUCACAUGUAGACAUAGGGCAAGAACUGGGGAUUUUAGACUUUUCAGGCUCAGCACAGACUUCGGGAUGGGGAUGGUACUUCCUUGUGGGCGAUGGUGCGAUGCUGGAACAGGCGCUAGUACAAUACGCAUUAAGUGCCACCAGAAGAAGAGGAUGGAAAGCAGUCGCCCCUCCUUCAAUGGUGUACUCGCAUAUCGGAUCAGCAUGCGGCUUUCAGCCGAGAGAUCAGAACGGCGAACAACAAGUUUAUGCGAUCGAGCAGUCGGAGAAGGACAAGGCAAAGCCCCAGUUGGCCCUUACUGGAACGGCGGAAAUACCGCUGGCUGGCAUGAAGGCAAACCAAACGCUAGAUUCUUCGGAACUACCAUUGAAGACAGUUGGCGUGAGUCGUUGUUACCGCGCUGAAGCCGGAGCACGAGGGGCCAAUACACGGGGCUUGUACCGAGUACAUGAGUUUACCAAGGUCGAGAUGUUUGCUUGGACAUUGCCAGACAGCGGCGGGGAAGACCAUUUCACUAGCCCGACGGCUUCAAGUUCAGAAGCUAUCUUUGAGGAGAUGCUAUCAAUACAGAAGGAGAUCCUCGAAGCCCUUGGUCUCCGUUGCCGCAUCCUUGAGAUGCCCACGACGGACCUCGGUGCCAGUGCUACAAGGAAGAUAGAUAUCGAGGCCUUCUUCCCAUCCCGACAGCUGAAGGACGAAGGAUGGGGUGAAGUGACGUCGACGUCCAUGUGUACAGACUACCAAAGUCGACGACUGCUAACCCGCAUGACUUCGAAGGCGGGUAAACCCAUGUUCCCGUAUACCUCGAACGGCACUGCCCUCGCAGUACCUCGAGUGUUGGCGGCAAUUUUGGAGAACCAUUGGAAUGAAGAAGAGCGUACUGUAACCAUACCGGAAGUGCUGCGGCCUUUCAUGGGCGGGCAAGAGAAGAUCCAAGCACAGCACUAGGCGUCCUUAGGGUGAUAUUCUCGCACUCAAGGCUAUAGAACGCAUCGCUGGGAAUGCUGUACGAUUAUGUAGAUAUAUAUUACCGGUCUCGCGUGGUUGGGUGUCAAGGCGAUUCUUGGGCCCACACCAAGCUCAAGACUGCGGCAACGGGUGGCCCACAAUUCUCAACAUCAGCUCGCUGCCCUGC